AUGGCUGAGAGGAUCAGCAAUGGAUUAGUUAGUUCAGAACAAGGUUCCAUAAGUCUUGAGGAGUAUACCCCAUUUUGGAUGGUGAAGUGUGACAACUAUAGUGAUCCUGAUCAUUGGGUACCGUACACUGCUGGGUUAGAUAAGAACCUUGUUGGGGAUUUAGUGGGCAAUCAUGACAACUUUUGUGUUCAGACUGCCUGGAGAAUCACAAAAGAUACAAAGGAUCAGCACAAUGUACAAGUUAAGAAAAAGAUGACAGAAGAAGAUUUUAUCCGGAAUAAUCGGCACAUCAACGGGGGGAAAUGA